AUGGGAUCGGGUAACGUACAAGUCAUACAAUACCUCGUCGACACGCGGCCUUUAUGGCCCAAGGCGACUAAGACUAAGGAUCUUGAAAAUGAAGCAUCCCGCGCCCUAGCGCUCCUCACCGACGAGGAAAAGACAAAGGUGCUGAGGUACUACUUCGUCGCGGACGCCAAGAUGUCCCUGGCCUCGCACCUGCUGAAGCACUGGGUCGUGGCGCGGUACGCCGGCGUGUCUUGGUGGGACACCAAGCUCACGCGCGACGAGAAGACGAAGCCUGUGUAUGUCGACCCGACGACGGGGAGGCAGCCCGUUGCUUUUAAUGUUAGUCAUCAGGCUGGCCUCGUUGCGCUUGUUGCGGUCGCGGGGUACUCUGCUAGCGGCGAAGCGGAAGGAGAAGGGAGAGGGGGAAGCGAGGUAGACAUAGGCACAGACGUAGUCUGCACGAGCGAGCGGCGCACGCGCGACCACCGCGUCAUCGACACCGAGGGCUGGGCCAAGUUCGUCGAUAUGCACGCCGACGUGUUCGGGCGCUCCGAGGCACGGUACCUCAAGGGCGGCGAUUUGUUGUCUACGCAGCCUGGCAGCCUGCCGUCGCUGGCCAGGGCGCAGGAGAUUGUGGAUUUCAAGCUUAGGUGUUUUUAUGCGCUUUGGUGCCUGCGCGAGGCGUAUGUUAAGAUGACGGGGGAUGCGCUGCUGGCGCCUUGGCUUAAGGAUUUGGAGUUUAGACGGUUUAGGGCGCCUGCGCCGGGGACGAGGGACGGGUUUGGUGGGGAUGGAGGGGACGGGGGUGAUGGAGAUGGGGAUGAGGGGAGGGAGCAGGAGGUUAUUACGGAUCAUGAGGUGCUGUUUCGGGGCGAGAGGGUUACGGACGUGAAUAUUUGUCUCAGGAGCCUGGGCGAGGAUUAUAUGACUUGUACGGCGGUGCGGACGCCGGCGAGGAAGGAGGAUGCGCUGGGUUGGAAGUUGGGGCCGUUUGCGUUCUUGGAUAUGGAGACUGUGCUUGGUGAUGCGGAGGCGAGGUUGGGUUGA